AUGUUCACAGGGGAGACCAAUCAAGUCAGCUUAAUGCAGUGCCUUAUAUAUAAAGAGGUAAGUCGUGACAGGGGAACACUGCUAAGGAGCCACAGAAAUGGAGACUGUGCUGAACAAAGUCAACUCAAACUCCAAGUGCCUGCUUGAAUAUAGAAGCAUGCAUUACUAUGAGAAUCGCUUGAGAAGCUUUGCAUGCUGGCCUUUUAAAGAGAACUGCAAGUGUACUCCUGAAAGCGUAGGUCUACUUAAUCAAACAAAUAAGAAAACCAGCUUUUGUAGGUCAGGUAUGCAUAAGUGCUAUUGAGUUGGGGAGGGGAGUUGCGGGUAUUUGGGGCUUAUUCUUUCUUUCUUUUUUGUGAGAAGAUAAAUGAGUGUAUUUUUUUCUGCCAUUUGCGAAGUUGGGCUGGGGGAAUCCUGAUUGGGAGGGUUUGGAAUAGGUAGGUUAAUUUUGGGAGGGUGAUCAUCUUGAUCAUGGCUAUUUUGCCUGAGAGAGUGAAGUUGGUGUUGUUCCAUCUCUUCAGGUCUUUGUUGAUCUGUCAUCACAAGGGGUUGUAGUUGUGAAGGUAUAAUUUGCUGAGGUUUCUGGUUAUUUGUACCCCUUGGUAUCUGAACUUGGUGCAACAAAGUUUUAUCUUGGCAAAUUAUUUUUGGGUAGGGGGGCAGGGUGUUGAAACACAUAGCCCCGGACUUUGCAAAAUCUACCUGUAGGCCCGACACCAUUGCAAAUGUGUUGAGUUCUCUGAUUAGGGAAGUUGCUGUGUUUAUGGGGGUCUGGUGUUGUGACCAUUAAGUCGUCUGCCAAGAGCCCUAAUUUAUAGGUUCUGCCUUUUAUUUCCACUCCCUUGAUGUCUGUGGCUGCUCGGAUUUGGAUUGCUAAGGGUUCCAGAGCCAGGAUGAAUAAGAAGGGAGAUAGCAGGCAUCCUUGUUUUGUGCCUCUUUGGAUUGCUAUGGUAUUGGCGUCCAUACUGUUAGUCCUGCAUUUUGCUGAGGCUCGGGAGUAUAUUUGUUUGAGGGUUUGUAACAAGUUAGGACCAAAUUUCAUCUUAGUUAGCACUGCUAAUAGGUAUUACCACUCUAAGCAAUCAAAAGCUUUGAGGAUGUCUAGGGACUUGAUUGUCAGUGGGAGUUUAGUUGCCUUGCUGUGUUGAAUCAGAUUCAGUAAUGGGGUCUGUUAUAUUGCAACCAGGGAUGAAGCCAGUCUGGUCUGAGGCUUUCAACUUGUGUAGGAAAAUUUUUAGGCGGUUGGCCAAGAUUGACGUCUUGGUUUAUUCAUGAGAUUGGGUGGUAUGAUUCUACUUUGAGGCUGUCUUUCAGUGGUUUUGGGAUGGAGACUAUCUUGAAGAAGGUCCAGGGUUUUUUUUUAAGUGAGCAAAACUCCUUAAAUUCCCAAAGAGAAUUUAUCUCAUCUCAACAGCAUUUUUGCUUGUCUCUUUUGACAGUAUCCUUGCAGAUAAAGGAUUUAAGCUACACUCUGUUGCUUGCCUGCCUACCCCAAAAUCCUGCAUCAUACUGUGGUUUUACCUUGUAGCUAUUACAAAUCCUAGAGGUUUUAUUUUCUAGCUAUUACAAACCCUAUAGGUCAGGAGUGGGCAGAAGAUAAACGGGGAUCUGCUGUUGGAUCUGAGUGACUUCAGGUAGAUUAGCAAGGACUUCUGCCUCCCGGAUGUCUAACCAUAAAGACUAAAAAAGCUUCCCUCUUUCCCUAAAAGGAUCCCAGGGUGUGGGGAGGGGUGGAGAGGAGACCAAGAGGGGAUUUUUAUGUGAAAGGACUUGCACUCUUGGCUCUGGUACCUUGGCUAAGCAGAGAAGGAGGGCAAAAUGUGAUUCAAUUUGCAUUUAAAAGUGAAUCUACCUAAUUUGACUUUCUAAAACAAUAUGUAAAUCAAAACAAGUCAUCCUUUGAAAUUCGCAGUUCUCUGAAUUUUAUGAGGUCUUCAGCCAAGUAAUGAAUAUGCUGGAGAAAAGUGUGUACUUCAAAAAUACCUAUAUUGUUGAAAGUAUAAUAUGAAGAGGCUCUGUAUUAGGGGAAAUUGCUUUGCAGAAAUGUGUAUGUUGGGUAAGACUGCAAACAAUAAUGUGUCUAUUAGGGGAAAUUCACUCUCUAAUACUGAUACAUUUUCACGAGAAUGUGUGGGGUUUUUUUAAUAGCAAAUGGAUGUGGAAAUGUGCAGGACUAUACUUAAGGUUGGGGAAAUGAGAACCUUGGGGCAUAGCUGUCAACCUUCCCUUUUUUUACGGGAAAUUCCCUUAUUCCAGUGCCCUUUCCCGCUGCUUCCUGCUGCUAUCCCGGAUUGUUAGAUAUCCUGUAGACUGUCCCUGGGACAGGUGAGGCUGCUGAUCCCUUAUUUUCAAAUCUGAAAGUUGACAGCUAUGCCUUGGGGUUCUGGUAAAGAGCAAACAAAUGCUACCGAAUGUGCAAAAUUAAAGAAGCACACAACUCUCUCGUAAGGUAGAUAAAUCUUGCAAGGAACCAGCAGAGCAAAACCUUUAGAGAACUUUACCUUGCAUGUUAAAAUAGGUCUGCCGGAUGUAAAGUUGAAGAGCUUGGAUCUUGGGAUAGCAGAAACUGGACAAGUUGCUGUGAUCAAGCUAAGCAGGAGGUACUUGGGGCACAACUCGCGAGAGGAGCAUAACUUUAAUAUAAGACCUGCUACCAAGCCUUUAAAAUACGGCAGCAGGGAGCACCUCAUUUUCUUCAGAUGCAUGCAAAAACAGGAUUUGCAGAAUUGCAACUCUAUCUUACUUAAACUUGGGUAGCUCAGUCGGCGGAGCACAAGGCACUUAAUCUCAGUGUCAUGGGUUUGAGUCCCACACCGGACAAAAAAAAAUUCCUGCUUUGCAGAGGGUUGGACUAGGUGACUCCCUUCCAGCUCUGCAAUUCUAUGAUUACAUGAUUUAUACUUGUUAACGUUCAGCAUGGGGAAGAAAAUAUUCUAAGCUGUCCGAGUCCAAAGUGUCAGGAUGGCAAGAAUCACCCCACAUUGCGCAAUAUAGCUUCCUUGCCAGUGUCUUCAGCAUAUUGUUCUUCUCUUCUCAUUCAGAUGGCCAGGGCUGGCUUGAUCCACUGUCCAGGAGCAAAUGAACCUGACCUGACAAAGUGUUUCUUCUGCUUAAUAGAGUUGGAGGGCUGGGAGCCAGAUCACGAUCCCUGGUAAGAAAGACCCAGCGGGGUUCUCUGGCCUAGCAAUUGCCCAAGGUGAAAACUCUAUGAAAUACCAAGUGGGGAUCAGUGGAUAAGACUGCCUUUCUAUUUGGGUUACACUCUCUUUGUUCACCUUGGCUAAUGCAGGUUAGCUAGAAAAGCGCAAAUUUAAAUUGUUACAGAUCUUAUUGAAGUGAAAGUGGUAUGAAGAAAGUUGUUGAAGUUGGGGAGGGAGGAGGACAAAAUUCCUUUAAUCUCUCUUGGUACUCUUUUUUUUUAUUAAUAAUUUUUAUUGAAUGAUUUUAUGUUACAAAAAACAAUACAGCCAUACUACCACUAAAUAUAAUUAAGAAAUAAAAAUUACAUACAUCAAUAUUUAGUUUAUUUGUUAUUUACCGUCUUAUUUCCUCCCAAACAUUGCUUACAACACACAUUUGUGCAGACACCCGCACACAAAAUGAUGAUAAUGAAAGUAAAUAUUUCCCCCCCUUUUAUCUUCCAAAAUCUUUUCUUCAACUUUGACUUCUUGUCAAGUCCCUUUGCAUAUAUUUUAUCUUACAUUUGAAUGUACACAAAACAAUAAACCUUUCUAUAUAAUUUUUCUAAUACAUUAUGAAAACAUAAUAAAUCCUUAAUUGUUAUCCACCUCCUUUUAGUUCCUUUAUCACUUGAAUGCUAGCACGGAGUCAAAACUAUUAUUGUAUUUUUGAACAUAUCUUCUAUAGCCAUCCCAUUUUCCCACAAAUUUUUGCUUUGAGUUUCCUCUGAGUUUACUGGUCAAUCUCUCUUGGUCCUCUUAAGCUGCUCGCUUGCCAUCUUACUGUUCCCACUGCAGGCUGGAGCACUCCAAGCGUGCCGGAGACUCUUGUGGGUUUUUGUCCCUUUCGAAGAGUUUUGACGACCUGACAGUUGAAGAAUACUACGAACUAGAGAUGGAGCGGGUCAGGAUCUUUCUUGUAAGUAAAGACACGGAUAUCUGUGGGCUUUGGAAAUUUGCACCAAAAUGAAUUUUGCCUGUCCACUGGUUCAUGUAAAUCUUGGCAUCUCUGUGUCUAAGGGCUUGUCCAUACUUACCUUUUUUUCUCUGUGCCUUCCAGACAAAGGCCCAUGUUUUCCGAAUGCUCCUUUUUUAACUCGAGUUUUCCCUGAGGAAAACACCGCUUCUUAAGGCUGGAGAGCCAGUGUGGUGUAGUGGUUAAGAGCGGUAGAUUUGUAAUCUGGGGAACCGGGUUCGCUUCCCCGCUCCUCCACAUGCAGCUGCUGGGUGACCUUGGGCUAGUCACACUUCUCUGAAGUCUCUCAGCCCCACUCACCUCACAGAGUGUUUGUUGUGGGGGAGGAAGGGAAAGGAGAAUGUUAGCCGCUUUGAGACUCCUUCGGGUAGUGAUAAAGCGGGAUAUCAAAUCCAAACUCUUCUUCUUCUUCUUCUUCUGAGGUGCGGCAAACAGCAAUUCAGGUCUUCAGCAGAUUGCCAUUGGCUCUGAUUCAGCGGUAAAGAGUUCUGACCCUAACUCAAGUAGGAAAGGGUUGAAGAAAAUCUUGCCACUGGAACAACUGGUGCGAAGUAACAGGUGGCAACAUUUUGCAGGGGAGUUCCUUAUCACCCCCCAAAGGUGUGCAAGGUGCCCCUUCCAUAGCAAUUGUGUGCACAUUGCUCUGGGCAGCGUGUCAGAAGUCCCCAUUUUCAGAUGCAACCACCCCACGCAGGGGGACACUGAGCAUGAGGCACUGGCGGUUCCAGGCUCCUUGCCAUAAUCUUGUAAUAUCUAAAGUAGCUGCUUGCAGUCUUUAACUUCAAAAAUGGCAACUAAAUAAAAUCUACCCCCUUUCUUCUCCAGAGCAAAACUGGCCAAAGUGUAAUAAACGCCUAUGAGAAAGAAGUGGCAGCAACCACGCAGCGUCUCGUGGGCCAUUUUGUGAACAAAUACCAGUAUGCCCCAGAACCUGACCCAGCCACUCCUGCUGCAACAGAGAAUGACAUGCCCACCACCACGUAG